AUGGACGAAACUGAACGGCGAACGGUGAAGCGUUCGCGCUUCGACCAGACAGAGCCGGAACCUAAAAGGACAUCGCGAUUUGACCGUCGCUCUCGAUCUCCUCCGUCGCGUCGCUCUGAGCCCGGUAGAGAUCGUAGCCCCAUUGCAAAAGAUGCAACCCACGAGACAAGGAAGUCUCCAACCGAUGCUGCCGCUGCCGCUGCUGCCGCUGCGGCUCGCAUAAACGCGCAGCUUCAAGCCCGUAAGGGAAUCCAGCACGUCGAUGUGCCUCCCAUCAGGUCUGCUGAUACCGAAUCACCACCGCCGCGACCAUCUUCGACACCGCAAAGCGCAAACAAGACAGCUCCGGCACUCGACGGAGAGAUGUAUGUUGCGGAUGGCGACUACAUCCAGGAUAUCGAAGUCAAUGACCUAAGGAAUCGCUACCUCCUCACCAAGGGGUCUACGCAGAAAAUGAUCAAAGACGAAACCGGCGCUGAUAUUACUACCCGGGGCAGCUACUAUCCCAACAAGAGUAUGGCAACCGCCGCGAAUCCUCCGUUGUACCUUCACAUCACAAGCACGAGCAAGUCUGGCUUGGAGGCCGCUGUCGCCAAGAUCAACGAACUGAUCCAACAGGAACUCCCUCAGCUUGUCGAUGAAAGGCGUUUCCGCCGUCGAGAUCAGGAGCAGGUUGAACGUGACGAGUUUGGUCGACGUAAAUGGCCCGAAGAGAAGAUCCCUAUCAGCCUGGAGCCCGUACAUGGGUUCAAUCUGCGUGCCCAGGUCGUUGGACAUGGAGGUGCUUACGUAAAGCAUAUCCAGCAGGAGACAACUUGUCGCGUACAGAUCAAGGGACGAGGUUCUGGGUAUCUUGAGGCGGCCACUAACCAAGAGAGCGAUGAAGACAUGUUCCUCCACGUGACCGGUCCUGACCCCAACAUGGUUGCGAAAGCAAAGGAGCUUUGCGAGGACCUGAUUGCCAAUGUCAAGGAACAGUACGAAGAGUUCAAGAGCCGCCCACCGCGCUACGGCGGCGACCGCUAUGGAGGUGACCGAUACGGGGGCGAUCGCUACAAUGGUGGCGGUGACCGUAACCAUUCCCACGGUGGCUCGCACGGAGCUUCUCAUGGUUCAUAUAGUGGUUCUGGCUAUGGUGGAUACGGAUCUAACUCGGGUGGUGCUUCAAACAGUCCAGCCCCUGCUGGUGUGAACAGUCCGACGACCGCUGCUGACUAUGCCGCCCAGUACGCUCAGUACUACGGUGGCGCAGACCCUUAUGCAGCCUAUGGUGGUUAUGCUAACUAUGUUGCCAUGUACCAGCAAUACUAUGGAGCUCAGGCUCAGGCUCAAGCACAGGCUCCUGGCGCUGCUCCUGGGCAGUCAGCUUCACCUCCUCCGCCCCCAAGUGAAGCCGCUCCUCCUCCACCCCCGCCGCCCAGCUCGGCACCUCCCCCGCCUCCUCCUUCUGGAUCCCCUCCUGGAACAGGCGGGAGUUACGGUUCGUCACUGGAUUUGGAAUUCAAUGGCUCUGUACGAAACCAUGGCAAGAUGAGCCAUCAGCGAUAUCCCUCCCACGAUCCAGUCAAGGAGCCCCAUUCUAUCUCGCUCAAAGUGCUUCGACUGUCGCGCCCAUCGCUCGUAACUCAAUACCCGAUCGAUCCUCCCUCCUCAGUCGGCGCAUCCGUCAAGUCAGCCCCGAUCCCGGCUUCGCUCGCUUACCACUCCGAAGCCGCCUUGAACCCAUCUCCAUUCCUUCUCGGUCCGGCCGUCAACCUUCCCGUAUCGUUUGGUUCAGCAUAUGUCGGCGAGACGUUCAGCUGCACUCUUUGCGCGAACAAUGACCUACCAAUCGAUGCUGCCAAGAAAAUUCGCGAUGUGCGCAUCGAAGCAGAGAUGAAGACGCCCGGUAUGGGUGCUGUUCAGCGCCUUGAGCUUGGCCCUUCAAAUGGUCAACCUGAAGUUGAUCUUGAGUCUGGAGGUACCUUGCAGAGAGUGGUCUCGUUCGAUCUUAAGGAGGAGGGUAAUCACGUGCUUGCGGUAACAGUGAGCUACUACGAGGCGACAGAGACAAGUGGACGAACAAGAACUUUUCGCAAGCUGUACCAGUUUAUCUGCAAAGCUUCACUCAUCGUGCGCACCAAGGUGGGUCCUCUGAACUCCAACAACACUCAAGAACACGGGCGAUGGGUGCUCGAGGCGCAGCUGGAGAACUGUAGCGAAGACGUGGUGCAGCUGGAGAAGGUGGUACUAGAUACGGAGCCUGGGUUGCGGUAUCGAGACUGCAACUGGGAGGCGAGCGGAAGCGAAAAGCCGGUGCUGCACCCGGGCGAAGUGGAGCAGGUUUGCUUCGUGGUCGCGGAGGACGGCACCGAGUCGGGUGUGGAGGUGACACUGGACGGGAGGAUUAUCUUUGGAUCAUUGGGAAUUGGAUGGAGAGGUGAGAUGGGAAAUAGAGGAUAUCUGGCUACUGGGAAGUUAGGCACGAGGCGAGCAGCAGCACGAUGA